UCGUUUGUUGAACAAGCCUUGUUCUGUGGGAUUCUCGUUGCAAGGAGCUGGGUGGAGCCCUGCAAGUAUAAAACUUUGCGGUAGGGUUGCAGCCGGCUGUGCUCCUGAGGGCAAACAGCGUUUUGUUAACUGCGAGGGAGAAAGCGCGGGCUGUAUUGAGCCCUUCUGGCCGGCUGGGACUCUGGCAGUUGGCGGUGAUUCCUGACGAGUUAGAGAGAGGGACUAGACCCGGCUGAGCGUACAGCGAACAAGAGCUCCCUGCAAGGGGAGGGCAGGCGCGGCAACAAGAGCGCAGUGAGAGGCAAGUGACCAUGCCGCGUGGAUACAUCUCCUUUGCUGGCCUGGCCCCUUGGUGGUGGCUUAUCAUGGGGAGUCUCUUGGCUAGCUGUGAGGCCACCAAGGGCAGUGUGCCCCGACUUCGCCUCUCAUAUAAAGAUCUUUUGACCACUAACCGCUCAGUCCUGUUCCUUGGCCACCGGGGAAUUUUAGACUUUCGGUCUUUGUACCUGGAUGAAUACCGUGAUCGCCUGUUCAUUGGAGGAAAAGAUACGCUAUACUCUCUUCGGCUGGAUCAAACUAAUAUGGAUGCCAAGGAGAUUUACUGGCCAUCUCUCCCUGGACAGAAAGAAGAAUGUUUUCGGAAAGGGAAAGACCCUGUGACAGAAUGUGCCAACUACAUCAGAGUACUUCAUCCUUUAAAUCGGACACAUCUAUUGGCAUGUGGGACUGGAGCUUUCCAUCCCAUCUGUGCUUUCAUCUAUGUGGGUCACCGGGGAGAGCACGUGUUCAGCUUGGAUCCUACAAGUAUAGAAAGUGGUCGGGGGAGAUGUCCUCAUGAGCCCAAUAGGGCAUUUGCAAGCACUUUUGUUGGUGGUGACAUGUAUACAGGACUAACAGCAGAUUUCUUGGGCAGGGACUCUGUGAUCUUCCGAACAAUGGGACAGCGCUCCUCUCUGCGCACUGAGAUGGAUCAGCGUCUGCUUAAUGCUCCUAAAUUUGUUGCAGCUUAUAUGAUCCCAGACAAUGAUGACCGGGAAAAUGACAAGGUCUACUUCUUCUUUACUGAAAAGGCAGUAGAGUCAGACAGCAAAGGACAUGCCAUCUUUAGCCGUGUUGGGAGGAUCUGUGUGAAUGACGCAGGAGGACAACGAGUGCUAGUCAACAAAUGGAGCACCUUCAACAAGGCUCGGCUGGUGUGCUCUGUCCCAGGACCAGAUGGCAUAGACACAUACUUUGAUCAAUUGGAGGAUGUCUUUCUCCUGAGGACUAAAGAUGGGAAGAACCCAGAGGUGUAUGCACUAUUUAGCACCAUCAGCAAUGUCUUCCAAGGGUUUGCUGUCUGUGUAUAUCGUAUGGCAGACAUCUGGGAGAUUUUUAAUGGACCGUUUGCCCAUAAAGAUGGGCCUGACCGUCAUUGGGCAGCUUAUGAGGGCAAGGUGCCCUACCCAAGGCCCGGAGUAUGCCCCAGCAAAACCACCAACCAGCCAAGCCGGCAAUACUCCUCCACCAAGGAUUACCCUGAUGAGGUUCUUCACUUUGCACGAGCCCAUCCACUGAUGAGCAGGCCUGUGUUCCCACUACAUCGUCAGCCUGUGCUAGUGAAAACCAACCUGCAGCACCGCUUACGGCAGAUAGUGGUGGAUCGUGUGGAAGCUGAGGAUGGGCAGUAUGACGUCAUGUUCAUUGGCACAGAUGCUGGCUCGGUACUAAAGGUCAUAGCCCUUCAUAGAGGGAAUUUUGCAGCAGCUGAAGAAGUAAUUCUGGAGGAAUUCCAAGUGUUUAAGGCACCAGUUCCUAUUACUGAGAUGGAAAUUUCCGUUAAACGACAAAUGCUCUAUGUGGGCUCCCGGGUGGGGGUUGCUCAAGUGAAACUGCAUCAGUGCGAGACCUAUGGCACAGCCUGUGCAGAGUGUUGCCUGGCCCGGGAUCCUUAUUGUGCCUGGGAUGGCCUCUCUUGCACCAGAUACCAGGCAUCAGGCAAGCGUCGCUUCCGCCGGCAAGACAUCCGUAAUGGGAACCCUGUGCACCAGUGCCUUGACCAGAAUUUGACAGUGGAUGACUUUGACAAGACAGAAGAAAAGGUGGUGUAUGGGACGGAACACAACAGCACCUUCCUGGAGUGCAUCCCUAAGUCUCCUCAGGCUACAGUGCAAUGGUUCGUGCAUCGAUCCCCAGGGGAGUUUGGAGAUGAGGUGAAAACAGAUGAACGCAUCUUGAAGACAGAGCAAGGUCUGCUGUUCCGCAAGCUCUUCCGCCAGGAUGCUGGAAUGUAUUACUGCAAGACUCAGGAACAUGGCUUCACUCAGACAAUCAGCAAAAUCAUGCUGGAGGUGAUUGAGAGUGAACAGCUGGAACAGGUCUUCCAGCGGGAGGAGGAAGAGUUGCCACGGCCACCUUGCCUGGUGCCUGAUCCCCGCCUGCUGCAUGGGCAAAAGGUGUGGUUCAAAGACAUCAUGCACCUCAUUGGCUAUACCAACCUGCAGAGAGUGGAGGAGUAUUGUGAGCGUGUGUGGUGUGGAGACCGCCAACUGCGGCACAAAAGCAGGCCCCCCAAAAGCAGGAACAUGGUUGACAGUGGCAAAAAGGGGAGAGGCAAGCAGCAGAGCGAGAGGAAUCGGGUGCCAAGGCAAGCAGUAGCCACAUAAGAGGAAGGGGAGCCCCCAUGUGGUAAGAGGUGAACAUAAGAGGAGGAAGGCGAUUAUGGACCAGUCUCCCUAUUUAUGAAUGAGAAUCAAUUUCUCUAGGAAUUGUCUUCAUGGUUUCUUCAGGUGGGGUGAGGAACACCUUGCUGAUCAACUGAACCUAGAGACAUUUUUUGGCAGAAGCACACUACUUCCCUCUGCCAUUCAGCAGUGGAGACAAGGGCUCAAAAGGUGCCAAAGCAUUCCCUCCCUAUCUCAUUUCAUUAUCCUUCACUUGUGCAUCAGAACAUCAUGCUUGUACUAGGACUGUGAAGGCAUGGGAACGGCAUAACUCCUAAGAGCCCGCUUUCUUCCAAUGUAGCUCAUAUUCAGUGCUGCUCACUGAUGAUACGCUGAGCCUCCUGAUGCAGGGGCAUGACUGUUAACCACACAGCUGGUAAAAGGCAGACUAUGAGCGGU